AUGGGAGCCUGCCGCAUCCAGUACGCCCUGCUCCUCUCUCUGCUGGGCUUCGUCCCCUGCUCAGAUACGCUGACCUGUAACAAGGGAAUCAUGGUGAAAUUCGGCAUUGGCUUCACUAAGACAGCAGUUGAAUGGAAAUCGUUUGAGAACAACAAAGGUGCACCUAAGGAGAUAUGUCAGGAGACACUGCUGCUCAUAGAUGUAGGUAAUAAAUCUCUCAUAUUGGGGAGCAAAGGCUGCAGCAAACCUGGGGAAAAGAAGAUCAAAAAUGUCCAGGUGUUUUCUGCUGGACCUGGAAUAGUGGCUGCCUCUUAUGCCCACUUCUGUGACACUGAACUGUGCAACAACGCUACCAGCACCAGAGUCCUCCUUGACUCCCUGUCACUUAAAGCCUCCUCUGAUCCGGGAACCCUUCAGUGUCCUGUCUGCUUGCAGUUUCAGGGUUUUUGCACCCACAACUCCAACUUUGUCUUCUGUCCUAAGGGCACUGAUUGUUACACUAGUCAAUUGACACUCCGGGGAGGUGAGCUCAAUACCACUUUAAGCGUUGACGGAUGCCUGGUCUCACCUGUCAAAUACUUACUGAAAAAGCAAACUUCAGUUGGGAUCUUCUCUGCUAUGGAAAUCCUCGAGUCAAUAGAAGCCCAGUCCCUCGCCUUGAGCCUCAGCUGUGUCUCCUAUCGCUCCAUGCACCAGCAGACCUGGAAAUCCGCUUACCCACUUCCUGCCAGACCAGCGAUCCCUGAACGCUUUUGA